AUGGGUGGUGACCAGAGGCUAAAUUUAAAGCUUCAACAUGGAGGAAAUGAGGAUCAAAAUGCAAUGGAAGUGAAGCAAAACAACAAGCUUUUGUCACUAGAAUGGCAAGAUCAAGGUAGUUCUUCUGAUUCUGGGAAGGGCUCUUUUGGUUAUCCCAAUGGACUUGGACUGUGGACUCGCAUGAUGAACAGUUAUGGGUCUUCUGCAACAAACCCAUUGGUUUAA